CGAGCUGGAAACCGCUAGAACGUGAUCAGUAGAUUUGUUCAACGUUUAAAUGAUUCGUUUUGUCGUGCCCGUUCGAAUAAACGAUUCACUGAUUCUUUUGAGGUAGCACUCGAAAGUGUUCCCAGCAGUGCUUCUCUCGUUUUAUUGUUUUCAAUUAUUGUCACGUAAUAUAUAAAUUAUACAAACAAUUUUUACUUUAGAGUUUCACCUAAAGUCUAACCUUUGCGAAUCUUUCUGACCGAAUUAUAAAGAAAGAAUCGACUCUGAGGAACGAUUCCUCGCAAAUCGGAUCUCCUCCGCCAGCGCUCGGCUGUAAUACAGAUCACCCCGCCCGUGAAAUCGAUCAUUAAACGCGACCAUCAGCGAGCGAUGGCUCAAGCGAAAAUCAACGCUAAACUGAAUGAUGGAUCUAAAGGGAAAUUCAGCAGAACCAUAUCAAUGGCGGACCGCUCCGGACGCUUACUGGAAAGUCUGGAUCAGAUUGAAAUGAGGGUGGAGGCAUUACGUGAGGCGGCCACUGCUAUGGAGCAAGAGAGAGAAAGCUUAAUUGAGACCAUACAUUUGAUACAAAACAGUCAGGAAAUGAGGACCAUUUGUGACGGGGAAAAGGAAGAGCUCUCUCUGACUGCCAACAGACUUAUGAGCAGGACGUUAACGGUGUCGGUUUCUGUCGACACGAUCCGAAACGCCCAACAAGAGGAGGCCUUGAAGAAAGUCACAGCUAUUAUUGAUGAGAUUGCUGCUAAAGUGCUUGAGGAUAUGGAGGGAGCCAGAGGAAGACUACAGGCCCUUUACGCCGCAUGUGUGACUGAAGCACCACCUGUGCCUAUUGAUCAGAAGUUUCAGACGGUCAUCAUCAGCUGCGCUUUGGAAGAUCAGAAGAAAAUCAAGCGACGUCUGGAGACUCUCAUCAGGAACGUGGACAACGCUGAGAAAACCAUUAAAAUCAUGGAUAAUCAGAAAGUUGACCAGCCUGGUCUUGCCAAUGGCAAAUAGGAGUUAAGAAAACCCACCCAAGUGCCUUUUUAGCAUCUAUAGGUGCCACAAAACACAACUGAUAUAUAAAGGUCUUAUAUAAUGAAACUUUAUGGCCUCUUAAUCACAUACAUUUCUCUCUUACCUCACUGCAUUUAACUUAAAGUUACUAUUAUAAAUGUUUACAUGAUAUAUUGACCCCUAACAUUUUUAUUUUGUUUUUAAUAAUUAUUAUUAUCAUCAUUGUUUUUGUUUUACUAACCCAUAUAUGAAGCAAUGUGAAUGGAAAGGUUGUUGUGAACUGAUCCUGUUUAGAUCCACUAUAGCAGGUGUCUCCAAACCUGCUCCUGGUAAGCUAUCGUCCUGUAGACUUCAGCUUCAACACACCUGUCUGUAAUUAUCAAACAAUCCUGAACCAGAGCCAUUAAGAACAAGAGUUCUGACAACAGAAGUUCAAAAAGCUCACAGAGACUUCAGUUUAUUCCUGAAAGCUCAUAGUGAUUUUUCCUUAAUAAUAGUCAGGAAAUGCAUUGAUUUCUAUAUCACACAGAUAUGUGCAGGUAUUAUUUUUAUGUAGUUACAUUAACAGUGUUAUGAGUAUGGUCCGCUGCUGAUAUGUGCCUUGUUAACAUGUUUUAAGCUGCCUCCAACAACUUUAAAGCUUUUAAAUGCAUCACACUGUGUAUAAUGUAAGCUUAUAAUGUUUGUGCAUGUUUAAUUUAUAAAUAUACAAAGAACAAGAUUAAAAAAAGACUCAUAAAGCACUUAUUCAUUUUUUUUUUUGUUAAGUAAUUAUAAUAAUACCACUGGCUCAGUGUCGUUUUCUUUUUGUUGUUAAUAUGAACAUCUGAUGGGAGAUGGUU